GCGGCCCGCCGCCCGUGAAUAUUGCGGUUCGAAGUCCGAGAAGAAGCAAGCCUUUGUCCUUUCCGAGCCCACUCGGACGGGUCAUUCCCAACGGCGUAUCGCCCCAUUGGUAACAAACAGGCCCUCUUGCAUGUCGAUCCUGCGGUACCACCAACGACGGCGGUACCUAGGGAGGUGAUAGAGCCUUGGAAGUCACGUGCAUCUCUAGCUGCACGGCCUAAGCACAUCAGCUCCAGCUAUCUACUUAAGGAACAGACAAUGACAGGUCCGGCCUGGCCUCACCCGGCGGUCCUCCUCGCACACAUGCAUCACUGACGUGCUCCCAAUGGCACCCGGCCGCCAAAGAUGAGUCGGUGCAUAAAGAUCCACUCGGUUCCCUUCCGCGACCACGCCAACAAUGUCUCCGUCAUGGUCUUCUGGGCGCCCUCAGACCAGCCCCUGCCGCCCCUGUUCAGCUUCGCAAUCUACGUCACGUGCGCCGACAUCGCCUCGCCGGACCUGUUCGACGCCGCCGACCUCCUCCGCGCCCUGAGCGAGUCCAGCUACGCCCCCGAGACCACCGCCUACCGCCUGGACGUCUACUUCGCGCCCUGGGCCACCGUGGAGCACUGCAAGAAGCACUACGACGCCGAGAAGGCCUCCAGGGGCCUCUACACCGACCAGGCCGAGGCCCUCCGGAACCCCAUAGGCUGGAGGGGCAGCAGUGCCGGCAGCGAGCCCGCAGGCACCACCGCGAGGCAGCGCCUCCCGGGGCUGGUGCCGUCCUACCUGCGCCCGCCGACGGUGUGCCACCACGACGUGCUCUUCAUCUGUGACGAGCCCGAGUGGCCCGAGGGCGACGACCUGAUCUUCGUGCAGUUCCGGCCCGCCAGCACCCCGGAGGAAAUCGAGCUGGGUGGCGACCAGCAGCUGGACGAGACGCUCGAGAUCGUCGCGCAGACCGCGACCCUCAGGCUCCCUGUGUGCCCGGACCCGGAGGAGUACGACGGCUCCGGGACGGUGCAAGGCAAGAUGUAUGACAUGGUUCUGCUCAAGGAUGAACAGUUAAGCGAACCUUAUAAGGAGGCGCUUGCACGAGGUUGGAGAUCGUGGUGAGAUGGGUUCGGAGGGGUUUGUUUCUCUUUGUGCAAAGGCGAGCACGUAAUGUCAUUGGAAAGUCUGAACAGCUUAGUAUGAUACCGCGGUGCGGAGAUAGUUGAGCACCUAAUUGAGUCAAUACAUAAUACACCACUUACAUGGA